GGUGCAAACGAGCUGGGCAUCUUUGCAGACGGUGUCGCUCGCCGCCGCCGGUUCUCAUGUGCUGACCUGACCGUCGGCCGCCCCCUGGAUGCGGUGCGUGACCGCCCUUAAUAGUGCACCCCCGCGCCCCAAUAAUUGAUAAUCGACCGACGAGUUUGUGCUUUUGUGCUGGAUUACCUGUGACACGCGUAGGCUGAUUUUACACUUCUAGCCGGCGAGAUGACGUCCGAGAUCGCUUUCUUUCAAGAUAUGUGGCAGGACAUUGAGAGCAUGCUGAUGGGCUCGCAGCCAGCAGGCCCUCACGCGUCUCCAGUGGUCAUCGCCAACCCCUCGGGCGGCAGUCCGACGCCACCACCCUCAUCCCCGGUGGAAAAGUUCCCCGAACAACCCCCAGAGCCGCCGCAGUACCCUGCGCCUCCUCCACCAGAACAAUACCCAACAGAGUUCCUAGCUGAGGAGUACGUUGACCUCGACUUCCUGAUCAACCACGUGGCUGACCAGCACGCUUACGGCCCCGAGGGCACCACCGACCCCCCGAAACCGGAGCUGACGUUCACCUUCAGCCAAUCGGCCGACCCGACGUACAGUGGCGUCCUCACAGUCAUCCAGACGUCGCCACAAAUCGCGUACAACCACGGCCAAAUGUCUCCACCCGCCAGUCCGGACAACCAGGACUUCCGGAAGGCGCCGUUGGCGGCGCCACCUCCGCAACUGCCGCUGCCGCAGUUCAAGGUGAUGACGCCACCUUCCUCACCGAAUCUGGCCGAGUUGUUGUCCUCAGCUCAACCGACCGUGACUUCCCCCUCCACCCACCCUGCUCUGACCAACCCCCUGGCGUCAGGGUGCCAACCACCGGACAAGCCAAAGCGCGGCCGACGAAGUUGCGGCCGCAAGAAGCUGACCACCCACACCUGUUCUCACCCCGGCUGCGGCAAAACCUACACCAAGUCUUCGCACCUCAAGGCCCACCUGAGGACGCACACGGGUGAAAAGCCGUACCAGUGCAGCUGGAAGGCGUGCGGGUGGAAGUUCGCGCGGUCCGACGAACUCACCAGGCACUACCGCAAGCACACCGGCGACCGACCCUUCCAGUGCAGACUUUGCGAACGCGCCUUCUCGCGCUCGGACCACUUAUCGUUGCACAUGAAAAGACACGUCAGUGUGUAGAAAGAGAUAAAACAAUAUAUAGCGAAUUAGAAAGGAUGCUGGGACGCGCGCUGGAUCUUUUUUUUCAGCCGAACUCUCGUUUGUGAAUGUGUAAUAUCAUCUGAAUGCAUACCGUUCAUGAAGGAGUGGUCUCUGCGGAGAGAUGUGAAAGUAGUGUAUCGGCGAAAUGUACAGAGGGAGAGAGACAAUCUGCUGCCGUGUGUGUAGCUCGCCGCGUUGUUAACCAACUUACACCUCCGCUAAAUAGAGCUACGUACAUGAAAGAAAGUCAUUAAAAUAGACAGUCAAAGAAUAAUGUAUAUCAGGAAACGCUAUCGCAUUUUGAAAGUAUAAUAUAUAAAUACAUGCGCGAGAGCAGUGACACAUUCUCACACACACACAUACUUCUGAGUUACCUUUGCACAUAUUAACACGUACGCGUCGCGCAGAAGAAUCUAUCAAAUAAUUAUUUGCUCUGAAAAAUCAAAAGGCCGGCGCUCUCUAUUGUGUGAAAACACCCAUUUAUCGCACCUUGGCUCCGUUUGUUUGAAUAAUAUAUAUAAUUCAGCACGAAGGUGAUAAAAAUUAAUCGCUGAAAUCGCCGCGGCACAAAAGACUAAUGCAUAAUUCAAGGCGGCUUUCUUUCCUUCUCUCGCUCUAGGUACAAUACCCACACGUGAUCCGAGCGUGCUUUAAUUACAAUCGCACAACUUGCAAGUCAAGCCGAACACAAAAAGCUUGCGUAAUAUAAUUUUCAAUUCAACGACCAGAUUCUAAUUUCGAUUGAAAUUGCCAGCGACCUUGAUUUUAAAUUCCAUCCACCGCGCCGCAGACCGCAGCCGCCGAAACUCAUCUCCGAAAUUUCAUCCAUAAAGUCUCCUCUUAUAAUAAUAUCCAAAUUUACGGCGGCCGUAAAAACACGUCUCAUUUAUACGCACAAUAUGUUGUUGCUCCUGCAUAUAUGUUAUGUAACUUUGAUCGGAGUCUGCGGCUUCGGUCGCGCGGCGCGCACUCGAUACAUUUUUUUUGCGCUCCCCUGGCUUCAGAAGGCCCUCUCUGCGUCUGCUCUGAAAUAAAUACAUAGUCCAUCAAGGUCGACCAGUUUGUAUACACACUCAAAAGAGAGCGAGAGAGACAACAUUAAAAUGAAUUUAUUAUAUAUGAAAUGAGCGCCCGCCUUAAUUAAUAUAUCGAACAAUGCAAUCUGCGUGCGUGUUUAAAAGCAAAAAUCGAAGCCAUGCACUCUCCGUCUCUCUAUCUCACAUGAGAGGAGAGCGCCACACUGUGUGUGUGCCUUGUGUCCCUACAGACGUUUCGUUGUAAUUUUUAACAUGAUAAACGAUGUAUGUAUCCCCGCCUUUUGAUAUUAUAACGUGUUAAAUUUAAAGAGAAGCUCAUAAUUUAAUCGGUCUCCUCCGCCCCAUUUUCAAAAGAUUUUUUUUUUCUUUAAAAAACGAACCACCGCGCUAUAAUUGUUUGAAAAGUUAAUUCUAGUCAAAAAGUGUGCUUGAAAUUUUAACUCUCUCACGUAAAUGCCAUUCACGUUUUGCCUACAAAAAAUAAAAGUUACCAUUAAGCGUGUAAUCUCCGCUCUGCCAUCGAUUUUUUAAUCUCUAGCUUAAGUAAUUUCAAGCCUGCCGAAAUUUAAUGUGGGGUUCGACCGGAUAAGCGAGUUUUUUUCGUUGAUCCUGUGAUUUAUUUUUUUUCUGUAAUUUUCUCCCCUCUAUAUUAAGAAAUGGCAAGCAGUCUUGACGAUAUUAAAAAAAAAAUGCUUUUUGGCAGGUCUGGGGUGUCGCAAAAUGAGCUUUGGCAGCGGCUCGUAGAAAGCUCGACGUCGAGUCGAGCGCCUCGAAAUGUCAUUCAUAAAACCGUUGGUUGCCGCGCGGUGAAAUUCUCAUUUGCACGAAUAAGAUAUAUAAUAUAUAAUACACAUGCAGAGCUUUUAUUGUGCGUUGUUGGCCCCCCGACGAGUUGCAAAAGCGGCCGAGCUUCGGAGAAAUCACUUUCCUCUCUUGAAUUUGCAUUUAAACAAUGAAUAACGAUUUGCGCACCUCUGCCAACACCCUCGAAAUCUCAAAACUGCUGCUGCUUUUCAAUUACCGAUUUUAUUAAUCCGAUUUCCGUUCUCCUUUUUAUAUUUUUUACCAGCUGAUUAUCUCCCCGCGCGGAGGUACUUAAAAAUUCACUCAAUAAAGUUUAGUUUUUUAUUUUACGAUUAAUCCGAAAGUCGCCGCUUUAAACGCACGAAACACUUUUUUAGUAUUCCCGUAGUUUUAAUGUAACAGUGCCGUGUUUUUUUAUACCGAUUAAUUACUCGCCAUGUACCACUACUUAUAUACAAUUUUAUUACACUUUUUAAACGGAGGUUUUAUGUAAUUUUACCUAAAGUAAGCUGUUGAGGUUUUUGCAUUAGCAACGAGGUGUUCCGCACUGAGAAAAGAAAAUCGAGAUUUGCGUUUCGCGUCGACCUUUUAGUACAAACUAGACGAAUUCUCUCGUUUUUUGUUUUUAAAUAAUCUCUUCCUAGUUAGUGAGCUCUCUAAUUUUAACCGAAAACAAGUGUCAUAUUAUAUAUUUUCGUUUGCUCCAAUGGUGAUUUUGCUGCUUGCCUCCUGAUAUGACGAGAAGGAAAUUUUACGAUGCACUCUCAAUUAAUUAGCCAACUGAUGACAGACGUUUUUUAAAAACGCCUGUUAGUCACGAAUCGCGGGAAAAGUGCUUUUGUCAUCCCAAAUGUUCGAACUUUUGCUCCUUAAUCGUAUGUAAUCUUGCCCAAUUUGCGAGAGCAGUGCAGAAACAUAAUUUCAUACACACGCAUCCAUGCAAAAACUACUAUUAUUUAAUUGUACAUAUUAGUGAUUAAAAUUAAGAUUAUUCAAUGUGAAUUUUAAUGUAAAUUAGUGCUUGGACUAUUUCUCUCAAAUUUGCUCCCUUGUAUGUAAAAUGAAUUGUUAUACGACUCUAAAAAUUAUUUAAUAAUCUGCAAUUUCAACUGUCUUAUUGUUAGAUUUAAAAAAGAAAUGUUUGGAAAUUUUGUGAAACGCGUGGAGGAGUUUUGUUGACGUGAUGAACCGUUGUGUACUUUUUUUGGGAACGUUUAACCAAUCGAGUCUGAAAACUCACAAUUAUGAUUCUUGUAUUUCGAGCGCAAGCGGACUCCUUUAAAGAGAAGCAGUCCUGCAGAAGUUACACUUUUAAUGAGCGUGUACUGUAUUAUUUAUGAGAUUUUAUUAUGUAAUGGUAAAAAUGCCUAUUGUUACACAACUUGUGUGGUAUAAAUAAAUUACAACGAUAUAUAAUU